CUGGGCCACAGGACUCUCCCCGCCAGGAGCCUUGGGACUCACCUUCCAGAAGCCAUGCUGCUGAGGCUGACACUCGCCCUCCUGUGGAGCACCUGCUUGGCAGCACAGAUGUACGGGAGGGGAGGAGGCAAAUACUUCAGCACACCCAGAGACCAUGAAUAUGAAAUCACCGGAAUCCGGGUGGCCGUAGGUUCCUUGGGCAUACUGAAGAGUAUCCAGGUGCGAUAUGGACCCUCCUGGACCACCGUGUCUGGUUGUCCGUCAUCCGGAACUCCACAGGAAUUCAUCCUCUAUCCGGGAGAGCGCAUCAUAGGGAUAAGUGGCUCCUACCAAAUGUACCUCCGGUCCCUGAACCUAUACACAGAUAAAAUGCGCUAUGCCACAUUCGGGAAGGACGAUGGCAACUACUUUUUCGUCUACCCCGACCAGUUCGAGAAAGUGCUCACAGGAAUCUGUGGCCAGUGCAAGCUUUUAGGCAUCACGGGCCUCUGCUUUGCGUGGGAUUAUCCUCUAGAGUUCUGGGACACGAUCCGGCAAAACAACAGUACCUCAUCACAUGAAUGAGUGUUCCUGGGUCUCAGGGAUGGGGCUUGGGUCAACCUGGGUCAAUGUGGCUCAUGCUGGGCUGACGGCACUGAGGUAGCUGAGCCUGGACCCCAAAUUUCAAUCCACGAAUAAAUAAAGCUUCU